AUGGGUAGAUAUAGUGUUAAGAGAUAUAAAACUAAAAGAAGAACUAGAGACCUUGAUCUUAUAUAUAAUGAUUUGUCAAAUCCAGAAUCCAUUAAUAAACUAAAGAACCAGCCACUAGAUGAACUGAAACCAGGAUUAGGUCAAUAUUAUUGUAUCCACUGUGCCAAAUAUUUCGAGAAUCAAAUAAGUUUAGAUCGUCAUUCUAGAUCUAAAGUGCACAAGAGAAGAGUUAAGGAAUUGAAAGAAAGACCAUAUUCUCCUUUGGAAGCUGAAGCUGCAGCAGGGGUCAACAUGGAGAAAUUUGCCGCUAGUGUGGAAAAAUUCAAACAAUUGGAACAUUACAAACAAGAAAACAAAGAAGAGUUUGAUAAGUUGAUAAAUCAAAAGAAAGAUACUUUGGAUGCUAUAAUAACAGGUGUUCCUUCAGAAGAAUUCCAAAAUGAACAGCAGAAAUUACAAGAAGAGGUGAUAAGUAAAGGUCAAGGGGAAAUUACUAUGGAAGAAUAG